AUGCGAACGGAAGAUGUAAAAUAUUUGGAAUUACUGAACAGAUUACGGAAUGGACAGUCGACAAGAGAAGAUUAUCAACUUCUUUGUUCACGCAUUAUUGAAAGUCCUAAUUUAAAAAUAUCUCUACGACAAAACUCGCGAAACGAAGCUCCUAUGCUGGUCUUUCGCAACACUGUUCGAACUCAAAUCAAUAAUCGAGCUGUUUUGAAUAAGGUUAUCGAAUUGAGAGUCGCGCCCAUCGUAUACGUCGCGCAAGCUCAUGUCAGAGGUGCCAUGAUUGAUGAUCCACGAUUAUGCAAAGCUAUUCUAGAACUUCCAGACAAUAUAAAACAACUGAGUUGGGACUUUCCAAUGGAACACGUGGCGUGUUUCAUCAACUUGUCUAUGAGGAAUGUCUUCAGCAAACUCAACCAUAUGAGAACAACUUCCUGGAACAUACAAAAUUUGUAUUACAACCGAAAUAUGCUUUGGUGGAAUUUCCGAGCUGCAAGCUUGACUAUGCGUUGUCUAAANGAUUAG